GCUCCCAGCAAUUCACCAUUGGCGAUCUCAGGUUUGAUAUCGUCGAGGUUUCUCUAAGCCCUUCGUCACAGUGGAGCUCUAUUCAUAUUGUAAAGGUGCAGCGGUAUUCGUGAGGUAACCGAGGUUCUAACUGUUUGGAAUUUUUAAGCAGGUUCCAGUAAUGUAUUCGACAGACAUAACCUUCUCUGGGACCACCGCUGAUGUGAUCGAAGAUAACGGACUUGAGGAUCUCUUCAAUGUCCUCAAAACCCUCUUCGAGAUUUCAUUUAGGUAUCUUUGGAUGGUUCCAGUGGUCUGCGGUAUACCUGGGAACGUGCUUACCAUAUUUGUUGCCAACAGGAAGCACAACAAGAGUUUGUCGCCGUGUAUUUAUAUGACCGCUCUUGCGGUGAGUGACACGAUCUAUUUGAUCGGACUAGUACUCUUUUUACCAGUGAUGCAUUCAUCUCGACUUGGAGAUGGAGUUCCGCAUUUUAGAGAAUAUCUUUUUAAAUUCCACUGGUUUAUCUGUUACGUCGGUGCCAUGCUGUCGUGCCUCUACCUGGCUGAGAUGUCCAUAGACCGAGUCCUAGCUAUCAGAUUCCCAAUGGUUGCAAUGAGACUCUGUAGCGCUAACAGGACGAGAAAAGUAGUAGCCGUCACUGCAGUAGUAUUCAGUCUACUAAACCUCAACACGUUCUUCACACACCAAUACGUAAGGGAUCAGGAGAAAGGAUACGAAAACAUUUAUAUCAUCUUCGAGGACAAUCCGAUUGUUGAGGUCUUAACCUCUGGCUUCCAGCUAAUAUUUGGAGCUUUCCUGCCAUUCGUCAUCAUUCUUUGCUGCAACGUCAUCAUUAUCAUCACUGUUAAACUCGCUUCUAAAAAACGCCUCAAAAUGGAUUCCGUUCAAGGUCAAGGCGUAGAUCAGAGGAACCGGAAGCAGACUGAACACCUCACGCGUAUAGGAGUAUUUGUCAGCGCCGCAUACGUUCUAACGACGAUGCCCUUUCGUUUGUAUAACGUCAUUGUCACCAUACCUGCAGUUGGUUAUGAUCUGAGCGACGACUAUUGGUUCUUUAGGUUUGGUGCCGAAAAUGAAUUUCUCUUUGUUAUUUACUCGUGUAAUCAUGCUUGCAACUUCUACCUUUACUGUGUAGCCGGUGGUCGGCGGUAUAGAACUGAUACAGUUAAGAUAUUGACAACCUUCUUGCAUUACUCAUGGAGGAAGAACGACGUGUUGAGAGAGUAGAGAGAAAUGAAAAAUCACAUAUUCUCAAGUGUCGUCGUGAAUGAGCAAUUUAUUCGCAUUUGGGGUAUUUGUUUAGAUACUAUGCCCGAUUUUUCAGUAAGCCCCUCCCCCCUUGUAGGCAUGCAUACACUUAAGUGCAAACUUUCACCUGAUAUACUGACAUGUACGCAGAAAGUUCGUCAAUCUUGAUUGCCCGCAUGCUUUCAUUGUGAAAUAUAUAAAGGGAACACAACUCGUCCUUGAUAUCAGCCAUUGCAAGAUAUCAGAUUAAAUCUGCACCAUAUACAUUGAUGAAAUAUGCUCCUUAUUAAAUCAGAAAUUCAGCUGCAAGUACACUGCUUCUUCUCGUUGAUGUCAAAAUACUAUUAUCGAAAUAAGCUUGUCAUACACAAGGCCAUUCUGGAGAUACCCACCAAAUGAUGUCCUUUAAUCAAGCAAGUAACCGCUAGGCUGUAUUCCGUACAAGUGCAGCCGCGGACACUUUGAGGGAUGCUCCGCUCGCAGUUGAGGCAAAGUAGAAAAUCACUCCGAUAGCAGAAGUCGACAUGCGAAGAAGCCAAGUGGUGCAUACUCUCGUGCUUGAUUAAUAGACUGUUUUUUUAGAAUAGAAGUAGAAGUUUAAUGAGCUUCGGUCAAAACAAAUAGUGCACCCCUUAGACUGGAGGUUUUCCAGCGAUUUUUAGUUCCGAAAAAGUUGUUCGAAAAACCUUCGAAUGGUUUUCAAAGCUGAAAAACCUUUAUUUUUAAAGGUGUGUUGGUGCUCUGUAAUGAUAGCGGUAAGCCGAAAUACCCGGACCGGUAUAUAGUCUACAUUGUUUAACUCAAUAGAAAGUUUGAGCUUUCGAUCCGAGUACGAAGUGUCUUGACGUCAUCGGGUCAAGUUGUUUGUUUUGCAUUAUUGUUUCAAGGCGUGCUAAUCUAUCAAAGGCAUACUGUUUCAUUACACUUCUGACAACAGAAAACUCAGUAUCCGCCGUCCAAUGCCACUUCGUUCCCAGUCACGUUCUCGAACAAAACUCUGAACCUCUCCAAUGUAAUAAGAAGAUCAAGGAGCUCAUGAUUGUUUGAACAUAGAACAGUUUAAAUAAACUUAUAUCUGCAGACCCAUUAAUUCCAAAGCACGAUAAUUCCGUUGCGACAUGUUUGGCAUUUUAAACUGACAAUGACUUAACUUUAAUUCAAUUUAGGCAUGUUCCCGGACUUAACAAACACAAAAUGCAAUUUCGUUGGCAUGCUGUUUUUGCGCACUUUCCGAUUAAAGCGCAAAAUUUACGAUCAGAAAGGGAUAACGCGGCUGUCGUUAUCAAGUUUGAUGUUACUUUUGGUGUCGGCAAUCACCAUUCAAAUUUAGAGCCACUAGACUACUGUUUUAGAGAGAUGAUUACUACAAACCGCCAUAUUUUCGCGCCUCUAUAGUCUUGCGAUUCGCGAUAAUUUCUGAAAAAAAGGAAAAUGAAAAAUCAAAUUAAAUGUCAGGGAUCUAUGUUAAGGCGGACUACGAAAUUUUUUCGGUGGGUUUUCGAAUGAAUAAAAGUUUUUCGUGAAAUUCGAAAUCCGCGAAAAUACUAACACCCGAAGAAAAUAUUGGCGGUUUGCAGAUUGAUUUGGCCCAGGCUCCCGAGUACGGGAGUGAGAAGCGUUUGUUUUUAAAGUGAACGUCAAUUCGCUACAAUGUAAGCAGUUGAAACUCAAUCAAAGCGUGUUGAAGAAUAAC